CGAGACUUUAGUAAAAAGUUACGGGCGAGGGGUGUUUGCACAUUGGCGCUAAACGAAAGAAAAAACUUGAAAUAAGAAUUCCCGUUGUACCGUUUACCAGCAUUUUUUGGUCUAAUGCACCCCCGUUCUGCACGUUGGGAAUUGGCUUCUUGUCGCUCAAAUCAAGUUGGGAAUAGUUGUGCCGUUAUGAAGAUCAAGCGACGCUCACUUACUAGAGACCUUUGGAAAACUGCGGGUUUAGUGUGGGUGUGGUGAAAGGAAUCGCAAAUCCCCAACUUCAGAAGCCCCCAGUGAAUGAAAUUCAGGCCCAGUGUUGACUUGCAUUGGCUGCAAAUAGACGUUCGUGUUUUAGGUAUACACGCUGACAUACUUAGUCCAGACAGUUGGACAAUCUGAAGAAUUUGAAGUGGCUGUCCUCAGAUACAGUCCAAGUGUAAAACUGGUUCUUGAUUGUCCACAAUGGGUGAACCCCAGCAAGUGAGUGCACUUCCACCACCUCCAAUGCAGUACAUCAAGGAAUAUACAGAUGAAAAUAUUCAGGAAGGCUUAGCUCCCAAGCCUCCCCCUCCAAUUAAAGACAGUUACAUGAUGUUCGGCAACCAGUUCCAAUGUGAUGAUCUCAUCAUUCGCCCUUUGGAAAGUCAGGGCAUUGAACGGCUUCAUCCUAUGCAAUUUGAUCACAAGAAAGAACUGAGAAAACUCAAUAUGUCUAUACUGGUUAAUUUCUUGGACCUUUUAGAUAUUUUAAUAAGGAGCCCUGGGAGUAUAAAACGAGAAGAAAAGCUAGAAGAUCUUAAGCUGCUGUUCGUACAUGUGCAUCAUCUUAUAAAUGAAUAUCGACCCCACCAAGCACGAGAGACUUUGAGAGUCAUGAUGGAGGUCCAGAAACGUCAACGUCUUGAAACAGCUGAGAGGUUUCAGAAACACCUGGAACGAGUAAUUGAAAUGAUUCAAAAUUGCUUGGCUUCUUUACCUGAUGAUUUGCCCCAUUCAGAAGCGGGGAUGAGAGUUAAAGCUGAGCCAAUGGAUACUGAUGAUAACAGUAACUGUCCUGGACAGAAUGAACAACAAAGAGAAAAUUCAGGUCACAGAAAGGACCAGAUUAUAGAAAAAGAUGCUGCCUUAUGUGUCCUAAUUGAUGAAAUGAAUGAAAGACCAUGAAGAGUAUUUUUUUUUUUCCUUUUAGUAAGAAGCAUCAUAUAUUAGUUUAUUUUCUCUUGGAUAGUCUUAAGAGGUAUACUAAAGAUAAAGAGACUUUUUUUUUCAAUUGAAAUGGUGUGGGUGGUAAUUUAACAUUAAACAUAGGCAAGCAAGUAUAUUUGAGUAAUAACGCAGAAUGUUUGCUAUUGUAUGGGAUAGUCCUAUUUUUGGAAUUGUAAUAAAAACUCAAAGUGAUCGUGAA